GCGCCAAGGGCAGGAACUCGGAAGGAGCCCCAUCGAUUGUAAACAAGGAGUGAUCAGCUGAGAGGAACAACAUGGUCGACUCGCGCCGCUGACCCCCAAUAUUUCGGCAAUUCUGACCCCCUGUGACCUCAUUUUGACCUCUGGCCCUGCUUCUGGAGAAAACAUGGCAGAAGGUGAAGGAGCUGAUGAUCUUCAGACACUCAUUCGUGCAGAUGAUCUGGAGUGCAUCACAGAGGAGCUUGGCGUGGUCCACAACCCUCCGUCCCUCCUACAAGAGGUGCCUCCUGUGUGGCACCUUCCUCUACAGUGCACAGCCCUUGUGGUGAUCACGGCGGCCCUCGUCAUCCUCUUGCCGGUCUAUCUUGAGUCAGUCAACGUUGCUGGAGAUGCAUAUUCCGCCCUCAUCUUCAUAUCCAUCUUCACUGCGCUUCCCAUUGUGCUCUUCGUGCAGCUCCACUACAGCUACUUCUGCCAGAUAUCACGACUGGGGCCGACAUCGCCCUCGGUCAUCCUCAAGACGGGAAUGUUUCACGGGAUGGCCGUCCUAAUGAUUGUCUAUGCACUGGACAGGAAGCGGGUUGUAUGCCACGCGCAGGAGCCUCUCAUGGGACUCCUGGUCAUGUACAUGAUAAUCAUUUACUUCUUCUACAAAGGUCCAGAGCUGAGUUCACCGAAAAUGUUCUCGCUGUGUGGUGUUCUCGGCGGGUUGUUCUUGGCCAUGGACUUCCAGCUGAACAAUCUAUACCUGUGUCAUGGACAUACCCGCCUUGGCCCAGAGGACGACGGGGGCUCGUGGAGCUCUCAGGCCCACGCUCUCUGGACUAUUGUUUACGCAGCUGCCCUGUUUCUCUUCACGCUGUCAUGGCUCCUGCUGGAGAAGGAGGUGCUGACGAAGAAGGAUGUGAAGGUGGCAGAAGAUCGCUACAGAAAUCCUGGGACAGGUGGCCUGAGCCUGGUGAGUACGGUGUCGGGAGGGAUGGCGGCCCCGGGGAGUGACGCCGAGGCUCUCAUAACCAGUCGCAGCGGAGGCGUGAUAGUAACUCUUCCCCUUCAGAAUUCCAGCAAUGCUAAGUGGGGGAUCCACCUCGUGUGGUUCACCCUGGCUUCACUCGCCACCAUAAUGAUGCUUUUCUGGACCGACUUCUUCACCGCUCUUGGCAAGGCUGGUUCACCUCAAGAGUUCGUAAAGCUCACUUCUGGAGGCCUACACUGCCACUUCCACUGGGGCGGAGAGUGUGGCUCUACUGCACUAUAUGGCUGGCUGAUGGCAGUCCUACACGUUGCGUUCCUAGUGCUCGUGGGCAGGGUUCUGGCUGCUUCCCACUCCAUGAUCUUCACACUAGCAACCACUGCUGUUGCCUUGCCUGUCCAGGCUCUGUGGUGGGCCCUCUUCACCAUUGGUGGCCCUCUCGGCAUGCUCUGGCACCCUCAGGUAACGGGAGAGUUGAUCUUCAGCCUCAUGGGUCUUCCCAUCAUGAUUGCCUGUCUCGCCUUCUGGAGUCACAUUGACCGCCGCGACAAACUUCGCUCCAACAACUUCCCACUCACCUAGCGUGUUGACGUUUAGCCUUGUGUGGGUGUGCGUCUUCAGUCCAGAUUUCCAGGGCAGCUCCGAAAAUCUCUUCCAAUGCAUAGGUUUUCACGGAGACUUUGUAGGUGUAUCUCCUCAGGAUUAGAUAAUCUAGAACACCUAUAGGCCAAAUGAUGCUCAUAAAAUUGUUCCUUAGGCCACCUCCACAGGCAUUAUAGCCUCUGCUUAUUAUUCCGGUCAUUGCUUUCCUUAAAUAUUGGCCACAGUCAUGUGCAGUUAAUAUGUAAAUUGUUCUUGUUUUUUCUUUUGCUUAAAAUAUGACUUAACUAAAAUUGAAAACAUCUCUGAAUUCUGUGAAUUCACCCAAAACAGUUUUGUAAAAUCUGCUAUACUUAAUUAUAUAUAUACAAAGUUACGGCACUUAGUGUGACAGUGUAAAAGUAUACAGCACUGUAUAUUGUAACCAGUUUAAAGGUACAAUAUAUAUACAGUUGUAAAAGUUAUAUGUACCUGCAGGUACAUAAAGAAUAUAGACUAUAUAACCCCGGGACCUGUAGAUUACAUAAUGCCUAUGAAAUAGGAUAGCAAAAUAGCCCUCAUUAUCUUCAUGUCACAUCUCCAUGGGGCAAAACAUCCAUGUUUUAAAGUAUUGUCCGGAGUAGGACUUACGGAAAUGACUUCGGUGCUUUUUUAACAGCGAUUACGCUUGUUCGUAAUAUCCGUUACCUAGUUUCAUCUCAUAUUACACAGUUGUGUGCAGUGUGUAUGUUCAUACCAGUGCCCCUUCCCUCCCACAGUACCUGGUAUGUUGACACCAGUGCCCCUCGCAGCACCUGGUGUGUUGACACCAGUGUCCCCCGCAGCACCUGGUGUGUUGACACCAGUGUCCCCCGCAGCACCUGGCAUGUUGACACCAGUGUCCCUCGCAGCACCUGGCAUGUUGACACCAGUGUCCCCCCCAGCACCUGGUGUGUUGACACCAGUGUCCCUCACAGCACCUGGUGUGUUGACACCAGUGUCCCUCGCAGCACCUGGCAUGUUGACACCAGUGUCCCCCGCAGCACCUGGUGUGUUGACACCAGUGUCCCUCGCAGCACCUGGCAUGUUGACACCAGUGUCCCCCGCAGCACCUGGUGUGUUGACACCAGUGUCCCUCGCAGCACCUGGCAUGUUGACACCAGUGUCCCUCGCAGCACCUGGUGUGUUGACACCAGUGUCCCCCGCAGCACCUGGUGUGUUGACACCAGUGUCCCCCGCAGCACCUGGCAUGUUGACACCAGUGUCCCCCGCAGCACCUGGCAUGUUGACACCAGUGUCCCUCGCAGCACCUGGUGUGUUGACACCAGUGUCCCUCGCAGCACCUGGCAUGUUGACACCAGUGUCCCCCGCAGCACCUGGCGUGUUGACACCAGUGUCCCUCGCAGCACCUGGCAUGUUGACACCAGUGUCCCCCGCAGCACCUGGCAUGUUGACACCAGUGUCCCUCGCAGCACCUGGCAUGUUGACACCAGUGUCCCCCGCAGCACCUGGUGUGUUGACACCAGUGUCCCUCGCAGCACCUGGCAUGUUGACACCAGUGUCCCCCGCAGCACCUGGCAUGUUGACACCAGUGUCCCUCGCAGCACCUGGCAUGUUGACACCAGUGUCCCUCGCAGCACCUGGUGUGUUGACACCAGUGUCCCUCGCAGCACCUGGCAUGUUGACACCAAUGUCCCCCGCAGCACCUGGUGUGUUGACACCAGUGUCCCUCGCAGCACCUGGUGUGUUGACACCAGUGUCCCUCGCAGCACCUGGCAUGUUGACACCAGUGUCCCCCGCAGCACCUGGCAUGUUGACACCAGUGUCCCCCGCAGCACCUGGCAUGUUGACACCAGUGUCCCUCGCAGCACCUGGCAUGUUGACACCAGUGUCCCUCGCAGCACCUGGUGUGUUGACACCAGUGUCCCCCGCAGCACCUGGCAUGUUGACACCAGUGUCCCCCCCGCCCCCCCAGCAUGUGCUAUAUAACACUGGAAUAAAAAUGAUAGUUAAAAAGGUUUCAAAAACCCCUUAUUUGCCUAUUAUUCUCUUGGAGAAGAGUGACACGAGAAAUGAGGUUUUGAAUAUACAAAUGUUAUUGAAAUGUGAAACAUGUUAUGGUGAUCAAUUUAAACACAACACUGUUUUUAAUUUUUAAAUUAAUAUAUAUUCAAUAUGUGUAUAUAUACAGUGUGUAUUGUGUUUUGUUUGGCAAGUCUGGCUAUUUAUGUAUAACAUGCAUACAUAAACACACAAAUAUAUAUAUACAUGCUUUGAGCUCACUAACAAACAUCAAACUGUAGCAAGAUAGUGUGUGUGUGUGUGUGUGUUUAAUUACAAGUCAACAGAUGGGUUGGUAUAUUUGUUCCUCUCAAGAUUAUAUUUUUUUAAGAUUGCUUUUAAGGUCUUAAAUAUACAAUUUCAACCUUUAUGCACUAAUGACUGAACGAUGCACAGUGUGGAAGGUGCAGUUGAAAGGUUUGUGCAUUUCAUUUAGGGAAUUAUAUUUUGUAAUAAAUAUAAUUUAUAAUGCAAACUUUGUCUUAAAACUCAUUAGCUGUGUCAGGGUGGUGUUGACUGUGAUGCGUCAAGGUGGUGUUGACUGUGAUGUGUCAGGGUGGUGUUGACUGUGAUGCGUCAAGGUGGUGUUGACUGUGAUGCGUCAGGGUGGUGUUGACUGUGAUGCGUCAAGGUGGUGUUGACUGUGAUGAGUCAGGGUGGUGUUGACUCUGAUGCGUCAGGGUGGUGUUGAGUGAUGCGUCAGGGUGGUGUUGACUGUGAUGCGUCAGGGUGGCGUUGACUCUGAUGCUGAUCAUCUCCAAGUUGACAAUUUUCCAGAAUCUGUUGUUUAAGAUUUUCCCGAGCAUUUGCUUGUUUAUGAUUGGAUGAAAGUUUGCUCAAAUUAUCUCAACUGUAUUUAUUAUUUCAGCAUAUGCAAUGUAGUCUUACUUUAAAAAUGUGUUACCAAUAGUAUAAAUCAUUAAUGCCUUAUAUAAUGUGAGUGACUUAGGUUUGGAGGUAAAAUAUACAGGUAUUUAUGCUGUGGUGUUGUUACGGCCACUGUGGGUCGUAACCGGGUUCUUGAUGGAGGAACCUAAGUGAUAGUAUCCGACCCCAAGUUGGUAGUGGCUUUCAACGAGUUGACUAGGUAAUGCAAUAUAUAAAAGGGGAGAAUGAACACACCACUGAUUCCUUUAUCAAUAUAUUCCCAUCACCUUAAAUAGAAACAUAAAAAUGAAAUAUUACUACACUUAGAUGUAUAUACAGUACAGGUGUCGCUCUCACACAUUACACUGAGCACUCCACGACGCUAACACAAUGCAGCCUUCGUCAAUCUUCGUGUUUUCCCAACACACAGUACCGUUCCCAACCUUACUGGCCACAGUACUGGGAAACACUGGCGGCGAGUCUACCUUUGCCGUGGGCCAGCCUACCGGCAGUAUCACGAGGUGCCUCUCUGCCCACUACCACUCUCCAGCCAAGUGCUGGCAGAGAACCUCAGCCACGCGCUGAUUGGGGCCUCUACACAGACAAAUACAGGGGUACCUCACCCCUGUCAGGAGAGACUAGCGACGGACUAGCAAUGCUCCUCAACAGGCACCUCACUGUCGGUCGUCUCUCCCUUUAGCCAGUCCCGGGAUACGCCGAAUUCUUCCACUGCUACUCCAUUAGCAGAAUCCACGCUGUUCCUGGUCAGCGACGGCUCACUUAGUCGUCAGGCAGGACUAAGUUGGGAGAGUUUAGGCUGCCCAAGGUAGACUGCCUUCCUCAGUACCACUGCUGCCCCACAUCACCUCUGUGGAUACAGACACGUCAUCAGUUAUAGGGUACCGGAGAAACCAGGAAACAACACUAACUCGGGCAUUGACAUUGUGCUCUGUAGCAUAACCUAGGUGGUGUUGGCGUUGAUUCGCCACUUCACCAGAGGUCACCCACUACGACCUCACUUGUUAUUCAAAGCAGGAAUCUGGAGCCAUUUCCUGCUAUCAGGUUACUACCACUAGAUGGUGUUGUUUGUAUUGUGUCCGAUAGCAUGGGAGUUAGAGAGCAGACUCACAGAUGGCGCUGAAGUCACUACUCCCUGCUCCAAUGAGGAUGUCGGGUUCGUAACAGGUGUGUACGCAACCUGCCCUCUAGAAUAAUACAUUAUAUUUUGACGUAAAAAUCACCAACGUCAAAAUACAGUGUAAAUAAAGCAUAGCAGCUCACUAAAUUGACAGCCUGUUACGUUUUAUAUUCGUGGGUCCUCAGUUUGGUUAGAUUGAGACAAGUUAGUACAUAAUUUUUGUGAUGUGACUACUUGAGAGGAUGAGUUGGUGUACCAGUGGGUAUCAGGAGUGGGAAAGUUCCGCCAACGAAAAUAUACCGAGUAAUAUACAAACUGAUUACCUAUUUUUGGAACUUACACAAUAGCAGCCAUAGGCACAUAACUUAUUUCAGAAAAUACCCACAUCCUUACAGUCAAUGUAAGUUACCUGUAAUACCAGUACAAUAAUUCUUGUAACACUGGUAAUAUUGGGUAACUGCCCCGUGCCAGAAGUUGUGCCCCCCCCCCCCCCCACGUGGUCAUGUAACACAAGGGUGCCACAGUCCACCUCCUACUGACAGUGUACUACACCCACGUGGUCAUGUAACACAAGGGUGCCACAGUCCACCACCUACUGACAGUGUACUACACCCACGUGGUCAUGUAACACAAGGGUGCCACAGUCCACCACCUACUGACAGUGUACUACACCCACGUGGUCAUGUAACACAAGGGUGCCACAGUCCACCACCUACUGACAGUGUACUACACCCACGUGGUCAUGUAACACAAGGGUGCCACAGUCCACCACCUACUGACAGUGUACUACACCCACGUGGUCAUGUAACACAAGGGUGCCACAGUCCACCUCCUACUGACAGUGUACUAUACCCACGUGGUCAUGUAACACAAGGGUGCCACAGUCCACCACCUCCUGACAGUGUACUACACCCACGUGGUCAUGUAACACAAGGGUGCCACAGUCCACCACCUACUGACAGUGUACUACACCCACGUGGUCAUGUAACACAAGGGUGCCACAGUCCACCUCCUACUGACAGUGUACUACACCCACGUGGUCAUGUAACACAAGGGUGCCACAGUCCACCUCCUACUGACAGUGUACUACACCCACGUGGUCAUGUAACACAAGGGUGCCACAGUCCACCACCUCCUGACAGUGUACUACACCCAAAUGCAUUACAAGCACAGAAUACCCUUCCUAACCCACUCUCGUUAUACGUAACCCCAAAAUUCUCACCUGCACUUUGAAACUGGAUAUAUAUAGGGUGUUUUGUUAUGUAAAUUUGCAUCUGUGCCAUCCAAUACCGUGUAUAUGGCAUGCUGUCUGUUCUCUUGAACUGUAUGAAGUUAGCUGCAACAGCUGCUCAGUGUAUUCACUAAGGAUGUUAUUGGAAAUGGAUAGUAAAACUAUUAAUAUUGUAUAAUGUCUUGCAAUGGAAGGAAUUGAUGUGUUAAGCUUAAGUUUUGUGGGACAAAUCCUUACAAAUGGUAAUUAUGUUUACCAAAUUGAAAUCAUUUAUUAGGAGUAUUGUAUAGGGUGAAAUUAUCUUCUGUUUAUCAUUAUGACCUGAAAGUUAGAGAAUUUAGGAGAGUUUGAAAGUUUGCUCAGAAUUUCAUGUGGCAGAUUUUGCUGGUACAGCAGCAAGCGCUCACCACCCGCUCCUUUGAAGCAUUUCCAGCGAGGAUAGAGGCCAAGUUGCUUCAGUAAGGGGAAGAUGUAAGAAUAUGGUAGACAAGCGAGAGUGAAAGAAAGGGGUACGAGUAGAUAAAGUUGCAGGUAAAAAAUGGAGAAGUCUGAUUGAAAAGGAAAGCCAGUCCUACUGAAUAUGUGUAUGUAGAGAGAGAGAGAGAGAGAGAGUAGCAAGCCUGCAAGUGUUUGUGUUGUGCGAGUGUUAUCACUGACAACGCAUCACUUGGGUAAGGCUCGUGGUAUGCACGGACAACAAUAAGAAUAACGGAAACUGCAGAAGGCCUGUUGGCCUAUGCAGGGCAACUCCUAUUUAAAUUCACCCAAACUCAUUCAUAUAUUUGUCUAAGUUACACUGGAAAUAAUCAAGGGAUCCUGCGUCUCUUAUGUUACCCGGUAACUGUUCCAGAAUUCAACACCCCUAUUUCAUCCCAAUAUUUACCCGGGUCAUUCCUAAAUCUAGACUUAUCCAAUUUAUAUCUAUUGUUUCAAAUUUUAUGUGUUCAUAUGUUCCUAAAGUGUUCCUAUAUUUAAUACCAUCGUGCCGUGGGCAGUCAAAGACUAAACUGUUGAGUUGAGGAAGGUUCGAUGAAUGCAGUAUUCUGGUGGGUGUAGACAAGUAUGUAUGGAAGAUCACGCUUCACUAGUCAUGCAUGAUAAUUUACCUCCACUGUUGACUAAAAUGUUGCUUUAGCCACGGCGUAUAAAAUAUGUUUUUGGCAGCUUUAUGGAUGUAAAGUGUUUUAUCAGUACCUUUUAUCCAAUGCUUAUAAAAUAUGUUUAGGCCUAUUCAUUUGGUUAAUUUAAUUAAUUUAGAUAAAGCAGAAUAUCAGACACUGCGAAGUAUUUGAAGUAUUCAUAAAUGAGCAGUGAGUGCCUGAUGUGCAUACUGGUUGUUCAUGAUUUAUGUUGUAUUCUCAUUAUUGGAAGCUUGCUGUUUACCUUUGUUUUGCAGUAUGAUUAAUGUGUUUUAAUCAGUUGUUUAGCAAAACAUAGUAAAGCAGACUGCUGGGAAUUAAAAGAUUUGUGUGUA